ACAUUAGACCAGCAUGUCUGAGGUAGAUUUAUCUAGUUCUUGUUAAUAUUUUAUUCACAUAGUGGGAACUCUUGGAGUGUUUUGUUUGGAGUGUUUUGUACAGCAUGUCUGAGGUAGGAUCCCAAAGUUCUGUAAAAACAGAAACAAUCAAUAAUGGGGUAAAAACAAAAACAGAAAUCGCGGAUAAUGCGUGGCACAAAUCACCAUGUCUGCGGUAAAAACAAAAACAAAAAUCGCGGAUAAUGCGGGGCACAAAUCACCGUUAAUGCUGUAAAUCACGUAUAUAAUGUAGGAAUUACAAAACAUUUUUUCGAAGUUCAUUUGCACCAAUUAAAAAAGAUCAUCAUAACCAUGGGUGGCCUUGCUUCUCCCUGUGGAGCCUGCAAGUUCUUGAGAAGAAAAUGUGUCGAAGGGUGUAUUUUUGCGCCUUAUUUCUGCUAUGAAGAGGGACAUACCCAUUUUUCUGCCAUCCACAGGAUUUUUGGUGCAAGCAAUGUGUCGAGGCUUUUAGCAACCCUUCCGUUGAGCGAUCGAUGCGAGGCCGCAACGACGUUAUGGCAUGAAGCUGAAGCCAGGCUUCAAGAUCCCAUAUAUGGUUGUGUUUCACAUAUUUUUGCUCUCCAACAGCAGGUGGUUGACUUACAAGCACAGUUAGCUUUCCUCAAGGAUCAAGCAGCUCAAAGCUUUGUCAAUGGCUCUGCUGUAGCAAACCCUAAUCAAGCAGCUCAAAGUUGGUUUCAUGAGUUAGAAAAUUCAUCCAACUACAUGCCACAAUUCAAUUCAACCCACAUCAAUAAUCCUGGAACUACAUCAUACUAUGAGAAUGAAAUUAGGCAAUGGGAUGAAUACAACAAGCAAUGGGGUUUUCAGGAUGCUGAUGAGCUUCAAUCAGUGGUUUCCAGCUACAUUCACAAUUAGAAUAAUUGGGAUGAAUAUAACUCUAUAAUACGUAUAUGAAACUCCUUAUUUAUCUUUUGAAUGAAAGCUUUGUAUUCUGGGAUGCCUUAUGAAUGUGAAGUAAGGAAAUAUUUAUGUUUAUCAUAGAGCUUCUAUUUAUAGAUAAAUUAUACUUUUAUCAGGUAAUUUUGAUAAUUAUUUUAAAAAAACAUAUAUAUUUGAUAUAACAACGCUCAUUGCUUGUUGUCAAAACAUAAACAACAACGAGCACAGACAUGUUGUCAUAAUAUUAUAAGACGACACGCUCGGCACGUUGUUGUCAAUCGCUCCUACAACGUGCGCGUGUUGUGGUUAAUGUUGUUCACAACGAGCGCCAAAAUAAACGACAACGUUCAAC